CUUUGCUGGGGCGUGUGUUGCUGAGGCUCGCCUGGCGCAGGGGGCGUGCGCUGAGUCUCACUCCGGGAUCUCCAGCUGCCGCCUGAAGCCCAGGAAGGCGGGGGGAGUGUGUGCUCAGCCUCCCCUGCAGCACCCCCAGAGGCCAGCAGACACACUGCCUGCCGCAUCGGCGAUCCCUCUCCCUCUCCAAGAGUGACAAGGAGCAGCCUCAGUGCCUGUCUCUGCCCCCUUCUCACCUUUUCCAUGGACCGAGAAAUGGCUGUUCAGCUGGAACUUGGUCACCGCCACCAGGCGGUUUAGGUAGUCUCGGGAAAGCCAGCCUGGCUGCCCUGUGGGGAAACUGCUGCUUAUUCAUUCGGGUCAGAGCGGUCAGUCUUUCUCAACUACCGUUCAGGUCGUUCGAAGAAUACAGAAGCUCUCAAGCAUGAAGACAGCCGUGAAUCCCCGCCGCGCUCCUCCGGUAUUCGCUUGCUGCAUUCUGACCCUCAUUGCCGGCGCCUUCACUCAAGUACCUGUAGGAACUGAAUGCAAACAUGGCUGUCAUUCAUUAAAUGGAUUCUGUGAGACCACUGGUGAAUGCAGAUGUAAGUCUGGCUGGCAGGGAGAGCUAUGUGAUCAGUGCAUUCCUUUUCCUGGCUGUUUACAUGGGCUCUGCACCAAACCUUGGGAAUGUGUAUGUGAGGAAGGCUGGUCAGGCAGCCUCUGUGACACAGCCUCCAACAGCUGCUCACCUGCGCACCCCUGCGCUAAUAAUUCUACAUGCAUAGAGAGCGAAGAUGGUGGCUACAUAUGUGUCUGCAGACGGGAGUUUAUAGGAACCCAUUGUCAACUUCGAAAAGGGUCCUGCCACAACAAACGGCCACUUUGUCAGAAUGGAGGAAGCUGUUUUGAUGAUAAUAGGUUCACACUCAAGACUUAUUGCCUCUGUUUGCCUGGUUUUACUGGUGACUUCUGUGAAAUAAGCAUUGAUAACUGUCACCCAAACCCUUGUGCCAACAAUGGAAACUGCACAGAUCUGUUUUCUGGAUUCAGCUGUGUUUGCCCUAGUGGAUUCACUGGCAAAUCCUGUGAUUACUCAGUCACGUCUUGCCGUAGCCAUCCAUGUCAAAAUGGAGGCACUUGCCAUGACCAUUUUGGAGGAGGAUUUUAUUGUGCGUGCCUACCUGAAUAUGAGGGAGAAACUUGCCAAGAACAAACAUUUGAGAGUGUUAAUCGUGACACCAAGCACAAUGUUUCUAAGCAUGCAGGAACACAUUGGAUCAAACGUGGCAAACCCCACCAAAGACCACUGCAUAAAUCAACGUAUCAACAACGUAAUGGGAUGCUGACAAUCACAGUCAAAGAAACUAUCCACAAAUCCAGCUCACUGCUUAAUAGUAGUCAAGUGAUCUGUUUUACUGUGCUUGGAUUAUUGACAUGUCUUGUGAUCCUGGGGACUACAGGGAUUAUCUUCUUCUCAAAGUGUGAAAUUUGGCUGGCAAAUACUAAGUAUCGUCAUCUCCUCUGGAAACAGAGGAAGCAUCUCCUCCAAGAUAAAGACGAAGACCUUUCAGUCAAAAUUAUCUUUCAGAGUGUGAAUCAAUCGACAAACUAUGGAAGAAACUAUACAACUAUCUGAAUGUUUGUUUGUAAAUUAGUUUGCGUAAAUUAUAUUGAAUUAUGUAACAAUAUAUUUAUAAUUGCUAGUGCAUAUUCCAGCAUUUUGUAAUAACCGUAUUGUUUGAAUGUUUUUGAUAUUUGUCAUAUUUAGAAACAUACACAUGAAUUUAUGUGAAUUGUAAUUUGAACAAGUGGGAACUUAUCACAAUAUAAUGGUAUAUUUAAAUUACCACAAUGCUGUAACACGUAGAAUUGGAUCGCAAUGAAUUAAAUCCUCUUUUAAAUGUGCACAAUCUGCUAGAACCUGACACAAAUGAAUCCUACUUUUGUCUGAAUACAUGUUUUACAUAGUCUGCUUCAGUAGAUUUAGCUAUCGCGUCUAAAAGUCCAAUUUUGAGGGCGAUUCUCCCUGGAGUUGACUUUCAUAUGGUUUAUGUUUGAGGUGUUGAUGUGUUUGCUUGAUUUCGACCGGAGUGAUAUUCAUAAAAAGGUUGUCAUGAUGGAAUAAAGUAAAAAGCAACAACAAUAAAGAAUUUCUGAUCAUGAUCAAAUAUUUAAUAAUUUUAUAACGUGAUUUCUUAGCAGCAUGCUAUAUAAUAUCUACUGAUAAGUAAUCUUAAUUGCAUCUAUAUUUGUCACUCAUAA